UAACGUGCAGCGUUCAACUGAGCGAGCGCUCCCACUGACUAGAGCCAGGUUACGUGCCCUCGUUGAUUGGCUCGUCCAGUGGAAGGCGCCGUUUGAAUUUCUGCUGUGUUCUGUGUGUUGGGGUUGGUUCUCUCGGUAACGUCGUUUAACAUCACAGCAACCCAUCGCCGUUGUGGUUCUGGUCUGUGUGUUGGAAGCAAUGCGCCACGAUUCGUCUGCCAGCCGCCGCAAAGGCAGAACCCCUGAGCGCCGCCCCCCCCAGCCAAGCGCAGAGUCCUCAAAACGGAGCAGAGCUUCAGCUCAGCCUGUGACUCCAAAGAAAAGACGCUUUCGACCUGGCACUAAGGCUUUGAUGGAGAUUCGCAAGUUCCAAAAGAACACGGACCUUCUGAUCAGGAAGCAGCCUUUCUCCCGCCUGGUCCGUGAAGUUUGCAAUAGCUUUUCCAGAGAAGCCCUCCGGUGGCAGGUCUAUGCUAUUAACGCCCUGCAGGAGGCUACCGAGGCUUUUCUCGUCCUGCUGUUGUCAGAUGCCAACCUGUGUGCUAUCCACGCCAAGCGGGUCACUCUCUUCCCUCGUGACCUCCAGCUGGCGAGGAGGAUCCGUGGGGUCGACAACAUGUAAAAGCUGUGAUACGUCCUAGUGCUGUCUGGUUCCGGUGAUGUGUUCAAAGUGCUCUUUGGAUUUUAUAAUGGGGACGUGUCUCUGUUUUUAACUGGACUAAUAGUCAGACAAACAUGUGUAUACAAUGUAAAUGAAAUGUAAACUGAAAUCUUGUUUUUUUUCACUGCUGUUUUGUUUUUUGUAUGUUCUCUGUUCAACUAAGAAUAAACAUUUUUUUACAUUUA